UAGAAAACUUUGUUGAAGCCAACAAAAAAAUAAUCAAAGACAAGAGUGAUGAACAAGCAAGAAAUGAAGUUGCUAAAUUAGACAAAAAAUUAUUAGAAGACAAAAUUCUUUCGGAAGAAGAGAUAGAAAAAAUAAUCCGCUUCUGUGAAAAAGACAACCUUUUAACUAAUCCAGAGUUUCUAAAUUCUUUGAGUAACCUAAGGAAACUUGAGUCAGUAGAUAUCGGUCUCAAUAAAUUUUUAGAAAGUGACUUGAAGCCUUUUGGCAAUAUUGCUAAUUUAGGAAAGUCAAAAAAAUUGAAAGAAUUAGACAUUAGUAACACUGACAUUAAUGAAGGUCUAGAAAACCUUCCUGCAAUAGAAAACGAGAACGGUAGACAACUAUUAGUAAAUGAAUUAAUUCAGAAUAAGGAAGCAGAAUUGGAAAGAUUAUUAAGCGAAAUGAAAGAAAGGAUAAGCACUUAUGAACUAGAAAAUCAGGAUUAUGAAUAUGAAAAUCAUAAUUCUUUGUUAGAAGC